ACCUAUAAAUAGGUCUAUGCGAAAUAUAACCUUACCCUUACGUCUAAGCUUAAACUUUAAAGUGAAAAAAUUCAGAGCAUAGUUUCCAAUUUGUACCCCAAAUUCAUGAAAAUUAAGUGCUAGCUAUAAAAUGUAAUAACUGACUGAAAACAAUGUUUGUAAAUAUGAAUUGUGUACGUGCAAUAACGUCGACUGGAAGGUACAUAAUCAAAAUUAAAAGCACGGCAAGAUGUAUUUCGAAUCACCCAAUGAAAUUUGUAGAAGCUCAAGAUCGAUGGAGAGAAAUGGAUAACGUUUCUAAACGAUGGAAAUUAAUAUACAGAGCGCCAAUGGACAAUGUCCUAAACUUUGUUACAACUUAUCUUACAUUUACUACUGGUACCAUUGGACUCAGUGGCUUGUAUUAUGGAAUGUUUGUUUUCGACCAAGCUGAUUUGAAUAAUCCAGUACUACUGGGAGAUAAUGUGGUUAUAGCCAACGAUCCAAUAGAAUGUAUUGUAUACCUUGGCAGCUUUAUAGCAUUCCAUGUUGCUGUGAAAGUAUUGCUUUCAAAAUACGUAAUACGACUUUACCAAGAUGGAGACGAUUAUCUAGCGGUGUUUAGAGGACACAUAUAUAAUUCGAUAAAAAAACAUAAAUUUCAUUUAAACGAGUUUAAAAAGUUAAAUCCUACAUUUGUCGUGACAUGGGGCGAUGGCAGAUUUUCAUUAGGAGAAAAGCAUGGUAUUUUGCUUGAGAACUAUUUCAAAACACCACAACACUUUCACUACUUAUUAUAUAAGAAGGGAAAACAGAAGCUUGAAGACGAUGAUGACUAGAUGUUUUAAAAUUAGAAAUUUUCAUAAAAUCUAUGAGAUAUUGAAGUUUCAUUUAUAGUAUAGUAAAGGACAUAUUACUCAUCAAAUUGGAUACUGAUUGCUUCAGAGCAAAAAUAGUUAAGACAAUUGUACCAACCAGUGGUCUAUUUAGAAUAAAAUGUAGAUAUUUAUAUAUUUUGUUUCUUAUUUAUGUUAAGAAAUUGCUUUGAAACUAAGGCUUAAUGCUUAAUCCUACACAGGAUGAUAUUACGGUCCCGUCUAUUUCCGCCAUGAAGUACUGCAGUUUUCUAAGCCUAAAAGGAUAAAACUGCCAUUAUCAAUAUUGAAUAUUUCCAUACUUAAUUUUAUAAUUUUUAUAUUAACUGGACCAAGGUGGUCACGACC